AUGCGCGGCCCGACAUGGUACCGAAGAAAGCUUGCGCUCUCAAAUGAGAAAGCUGGGGGCCCGGGGGCCAAAUGUAAGGAGAUGCCGCCGUUUGCAGUGUUGGUUCAAGUGAAGGCCAAGCGCUGGCAUCGGUUGCGUGAAGGAGCUCUGUCCUCUCCUUACAAGACCUUGCGUAUCAUGGGGCCAUCGCCCUCAAUGACCAUUGGAUGGGUGGCGCUGGAUGAAGCCGCCAACCUUGUGCAGCAUGAACGAUCUGUGUUUGUUCCAGAUCCUCUGGGCGAUACUGCUCGUUUGGAGCUGGAAGCAGUCGAAGAUCCCAAACAUCCUCCAAGACGGCGCCUGCACGGCAAACAGCCGCCAGCCAGAGAGGUAUCCAAAGUUCCGCUGCCGCCAUCAAAGGUGGAUCAUGAAUUGGAAGCUCUGCUGGAUCUUCAGCCAGAGACUUGGAUGAAGAGAUGUUGGGGGGAGAUCGAAACGGUGGAUAUCCCAGAGUAUGUGCAGGAAAUUCGGUUUCAGCACCUGAACCUCAGAAGAUUGCUACAGGAACAGGUGAAUUCUGUGGCAGGAACCGAGGCUGAAGGAACAGCACAGGGAUACGUGAUAGGAUGGCAGCUUUGGCAGUACCUGAUCAAUCCCAAGGGGACCAAGGGCAUCAGGAAGGAUGCAAGCCGCCAGACGUAUACGGUGCCUCUGGCGGCAGUCAAGCAGAAUCUUGACGACUGGGUUCAAAGCGGAAUAUCACCAACUGGUGACCGAGAGCAGUGCCGUGAAGCCUGCACGGAUUGUGAUCUGUGGAAACCUGGUGACGAAGCUCACGAGGAUGGCAACAAGAUCCAAGCGACUCCAGUGCCGGCAGCAGACUUGUACGCUGGAGGAGCUGACGCAACAGCCAUUCGAUGCAUGGUCAGAAAGACCGCCAUGAUGGAUGGGUGGGACAUGGGAGUCUUAGACAUUAAGGGCGCGUUCUUGCUUGCCCCACGCCGAAGGGAGCAGGAGUGCCUGAUGAUGACCAUCCCGCCGAAGCUGCUUGUUCAGGCUGGGAUCUGUCCGCCGGACGAGCGGUGGGUGAUCCAAAAGGCGGUGUACGGCUUGGAGGCCAGUCCCGCAGGCGGCAUCCUCUUGUCCCAGGAAUCGUACACAAGUGACCUUCUGGAGAGGCCUGACCUGGCGUAUGCGGUGAGCUGGCUUGGGUCACGGGCAUCAAAGCGUCCAAAGAAGGUGUGCCAGGCGGGAAUGCAAACCCUGGGCUAUCUGAAGCGCACCUUGGGGCACGGGUGCCUAGGUGAUUCCGUAGCAGUUCUGGUCAACAUCUUCGAGGACCUGGAGAUCUUGAAGAAGAUUGGGAUCUGUAGGGAAUGGGCUCUGAAAGGGCUGACUGCGCGGGAGCCAUGGAUGCUGCGCCGACGGCUGCAGCAGCUGCUGGUGGUGCAGGUGGCGAUGGUGGAGAAGAUGGAGGAGGUCCUGGGAGUAACGCACAUUCAUGACUACUUCCUGGCUGUGUUCUUUGUGCGGCAAACGGAUCAAAUUCAUUUGCAAUCCCCGUUUUUGAGCUCGCUCUCGGUCUAUGACGAGGGGACAGAAAGAGGAAGGAUGUACAGUUUAGUUGUUGCAUCCGCGGCACCUCCCUUCCUUCGUCCAGGGAAGGGAAACGAGGGCGACGAGGAGAGGAAGAAAAGAAAGAGAAAGAAAAAGAAGGCCAAGCAGGGCCACCAACCAGAGCAGAAGGACGAAGACUCCACGAUGGAGACGCCAGAGGCUCGGGGCACGAAACACAACAUCUGGUUUGAGGGCCAGCAGGUGGUGGCGUUACGCCACGAAGCUAUGAAGGUAGCUGCGGACCAUGAGGAAUGGCCGAGCUGGGAAGCGGUCCCAGUGGAAGUGUCAGACGAAGAAGCUGACCCGGGACAGGCUUUGCCUCAUGAGGAGCUGGAGCUGACGGAAACCAAUACAGCAGCACAGGGCGCGGUGCCAGAACCAAAGUACCCGCCAAAGGGUGUGUACAAACCGCCGCCUCCGGUGCUGAGGCCGAAGCUGAAGGCGAUCCCGCCAGAGCCUACGCCAGUGCCGAAGCCAAGCUCAGUGAUGGAGGACGCAUCGGGUGGCGCGGCUUCUGCAACGCCGGGACCUUCGUCUACGACCGCAGAGGCUCCUUCUAGCUCCGCAACUGCACCGGUGCCCAGCCCUAUGGCAUCUGUUGCUACCUACUCGGUCAGAACGUUCGGCCACAGGGACAGCGAAUCUGGCUACUUCGACCGUCAAGGUGAUCAAAUUCCUCACCGACGCAUCAACCGAGAGGGUGACCUCGAAGUUUACCGUGAGGAUGGCUUGGUGGAGGUCUUCCCGAACGCUGCGGCUGACCAACAAGAAGAUGAAGAGGAAGAGCCGGAGGAUGACGAUGAAGAUGGGCAGGAUGACCAACCUGGAGGCGGAAACCCGCCUGGUGGUGGUGGUGGUCCUCCUGAUCGAGACCCUCCUGGGGAUGGAGGUGGAGCUUCAGGUCACCAAGGCCCUUCUGGAGGCGAUUCAUCUGAUGAGAACUGGGGGUCUCAGUGGACCCAGAAAGGGAAGGUUGCACCAGAGCCAGAGGGUGAGCUGGGGGUAGCGCCCAAAAAAAAGUGCUUCGCCAGGUAUGGGGACGGAUCCAAUGGUCAAAGCUAUGGGGAUGCUGAGCUCUACUACCAGACCUUGGGAGAAUGUGCAGUUUGCAGCGCCACCUCCGCCUGGAGCGUGAUGGGCUCAGUGCUGGGAGCGACCUUGGAGCACCACAUGAUCGUGGAGCGCUUCAACCUGGAGGUCCUGAACUACCUGGUGCUGAAGGAGCUCAUCGAGUUUUGCUCUCCGAGUUGCAAGGUUUUGAAGACCUUGGAAGCAUUGGUGCACCAAGCGCUGCAACGGCGAAGGCCUAUGCUCCGCUACCAACUUCGAGGGCACCAAGGACUAAGUCAAGGUGGCAGGCUUCAGCUGUGGAAAGGGCUCAGCCGAUCCUUUCUGAUCUCCGACGACGAGGUGGUGGACUAUCUCCUGGAGAAGAGGAACUGA